UCAAGGCGACAUCACCGAAAGUAUGGCGUCAUUUGGACGUGGGGGCGGCUGUAAACAACUUUUGUAAUACUGAACUAUGCGCGAGUGCGAAUGUAGGGAUAACGCAUGUUUUUUUCGUGUUAUAACAUCUGCAGAAUCCCGAGGGAUUGGUUGGUGCCCGAGCCCGUUAGGGUGUCCAGCCAUCGAUGCCCAGACAGGGUGGAGCCCAACAACAUAGGCCAAAUGCACCUGCUGCAUCUCCUUCGGCAUAUUGGAAAAAUUCAAAUACAACAUGUAUUUGCCGUUUAUGGAUCAUCUUCUAGUGGAGUUGGAUGCAAGGUUACUAUCAGCUGAGCCUAGGUUCCAAGCACAAUAUUUGAUCCCGAAGCAAGCUCACCUUACACAGGAAAUAGCGGAAGGCAUCUUCACUAUCUAUCAGGAUGAUCUUCCCGGAGAAAACUUGUAUCUGGCAGAGAUUAGUCGAUGGAAAACACGCUGGGUUGGAAAUAAUGAGGCCCCGUCCAACAUCACCCAAACUCUGAACAGUAUAAACAUGGACCUUUAUCCCAACGUUUAUACAAUUCUGAACGUGUUUGCUUCCAUGCCAGUGUCAACUGCUACAGCUGAGCGAUAAUUUAGCACCAUGCGUCAGGUGAAGACUUAAAAUUACCUCAGGAGCACUAUGACAAGUAAGAGGCUUUCUGGUUUAGGGCUCCUGAACAUUUACAGAGAAAAACAACUAUGCUCAAAGGCAGUACUUGACAUAUUUUCCCAGAAGAAAGAUAGGAAAUGGAUUUUAUAUUCAAUGAAAUGUGUAGAGUAUUCACUUUGAAUGGGGUUUUACGCCUUCUUCAAAACUGUACGUUAAUGUUGAGUACAUGUUAGUACUGUACACUAUAUAUCAAUAACAAGAGGGCCAAGACGGCCCUAGGUCGCUCACCUGAGAAACACACCAUAACAGUGUUAACAUGUUUGACCAAUUGAUUUCAUGGAAACAAAUAUUCUGACCAAUUUUCAUUAAUAUUGGACCAAAAAAGUGGUCUCUUAAGUGUAAACAAGUAUUUUCUUUGAUUUGACCUAGUGACCUAGUUUUUGACCCCAUAUUCAAACCUGACCUAGAUUUCAUCAAGGCAGCCAUUCCCACUAAAUUUUAUGAAUAUCCGGUGUAAAAGGCAGCCCCUAUUGCGUACAAAAGAUUUUUCUUCGAUUUGACCGGGUGACCUAGUUUUUGACCCCAGAUGACCCAUAUUCGAACUUGACCUAGAUUUCAUCCAGACAAACAUUUAAAUCAAAUUUCCUGAAGAUCCGGUGUAAAAUGCAGUUCCUGUUUCAUACGCAAUGUUUUUCUUUGAUAUGACCUAGUGACCGAGUUUUUGAACCCAGAUUACCAAGUUUAGUGUAAGUAUUUAUGUUUCAUUCCUAACUGGUUACUAACCAAAAGAUAGUUCUAUUUUUUGUAAUGCUGUCCUAGACCUUAAUAAAAACAAGAUAAAUGCAAUUGAAUUUUGGUCUAUAUUAAAGCUUACUAUUACAAAUUUGGUUAAAUGUGUCAUUUCUGACUUAAUAUAAAACCAUUUUGCAUACUUAGUAACAAUGACCUUGACCCAAGCUACCCAAAAUGCAACUUAAAAUGCUGGUCUCUAGGACUGUUACCUUAUUUUCCAUGUUUGGUAUCUUAACAUCAUUUUUAGUAAUGAUCUUGACUUUGACCCAACCAACCCAAAAUACAGUUGAAAUGAUGGCCUCCAUGAAGCUUCCUAAUGUCCAAGUUUGGUCACAAUACCUUACUACUUACUAGAAAAAAAUGUCUAUUUUUAGCAACAGUGACCUUGACCCUAGUGACAAGAACACUUAUAGUACUUUAGUCUCCAAGAAAGUAACAUAUGUACUAAGUUUAGUCACAUCAAAUAUUGACCUAUGCCAUUUGCUAAGAAAUAUACUACAUAGUAAACAUUUAAGUACUAAAGGGUAUAACUCUUACGUCUUCCACAAGUUCACUGAA